AAACACCGCUACUCAAAUAAUAGCAUCUCUCUCACAUGAGACAAUUUUAAUUUCUAAAAAUCUUGUUCAUAUUUUUGAAAACCCACAAUUCAAUAUCCAAAUUAUAUUUAGUGUUCAAAAAUUAUCUUUAAGGGAAUAGGAUAACUAAAUAUGAAUGCACCUAUAGCGGAGAGAAAUCAAGAUGCUACGGUUUACGUUGGUGGGUUGGAUGAGAAAGUAUCCGAGAGUUUAUUGUGGGAACUUUUCGUUCAAGCAGGGCCUGUGGUGAAUGUGCACAUGCCAAGGGAUCGAGUCAGUCUCAACCAUCAGGGCUACGGAUUUGUGGAAUUUAUUGGAGAAGAAGAUGCAGAUUAUGCCAUUCGUAUUAUGAAUAUGAUCAAGCUGUUUGGAAAACCGAUACGUGUAAACAAAGCUUCAGCUCACACUAAAAAUCUGGACGUGGGAGCCAACAUUUUUAUCGGAAAUUUAGAUCCAGAAGUGGACGAGAAAUUAUUAUACGAUACAUUCUCUGCAUUCGGUGUAAUUCUUCAAACUCCGAAGAUAAUGAGGGACCCAGAAAGUGGAAAUUCCAAAGGAUUCGCUUUUGUUAAUUAUGCAAGUUUUGAGGCAUCGGAUGCAGCCAUUGAAGCGAUGAAUGGUCAAUAUUUAUGCAAUCGUCCGAUCUCAGUGUCAUACGCCUUCAAGAAAGAUUCCAAAGGAGAAAGACACGGGACUGCCGCAGAGAGACUACUUGCCCAAACAAAUCCUCUGGCACAAACUGAACGUCCUCAUCAAUUAUUUUCUGAUGCUCCACCCCCAAUGGCAACACUACCACCUCCUCCACCACCAAACUUUAUGCCACCACCUCCCUCAGGAAAUCACUUACCUCCACCACCUCCCAUGAUGAUGGGUCAAAUGGGAAACGUUCCGGGGGGUCAGUUUUUUCCUGGGUGGCCAAUGCCUCCUCCUCCACCAUUCGGACAUGGCUAUAUGCCUCCUCCACCUCCAAACAUGCCUCCCAGGGUUUAGAGAGGAUAUGUACAGCCUGUCAUUCAAUUAUGAUUCUGCAUCACUAAUAAUUAUAUUACUUUGGUUGAAUAUUUUUCAACUUUAAGUUUCAUUUAAUUUUUUUAAUAUGUAGGUGUUUAUUAAUUUUUGACAUUUAAUUUGGAACAAUUUACAUGUUGUGCAUUUUAUGAUCAUGCACAUUAUAAAUCUCUUAAGUGUGUGUGCAACAUAAAUUCUAAUAAUAAAUUGUUUAACAAAAAAGAAAA